AGUGCCUCAGUUGAAAUAUUGGAUCGUGUACCUUUAAUAUAAGGGACUUAAACGGUAUUACCGUUCGAAAUAAAAUAUUAUAAUGGAUAAUCCGAUACCAUCCACUAGUAAAGGUAACGAAGAAGCUUCAAAUGAACCACCUGUGAAUGGUAAAUCGAGACAUAAAAGAAAAACACAAAGAUUAUCUGAAUCAUCUGAUAGUAACACCUCAUCAGAGGAUUCGAGCUCUUCUUCGUCAUGCAGUGAUUGUAAGGGUCGGAAAUCACGCAAAACAAAACGAAGGAAGAAGAAUAAAAACCGUAAGUUCGAUCAAUUAUUUAACGAAAUUUCUAAACUUAAACAACAGGUUAGCCAGUCAUACACUGCUAAUGCAGAAAAUAUCUAUCAUAACGAGUGUGAUAACGGUAUUGACGCAAAUGUGAGUGGAGAUUUAUAUUGCGAUGACAAUUAUGCUGAAUCCAGCGGUAACUUUACUGGUGCAACCGCUCUUUCGGAUACAGCUAUAUCCAAUGAACCCGCGCUUACCAACGGUAGCCGGACAGAGUUCAACAUAUUGCUUACAACAAAAACAAAGGAACCUCACGUACCACAGGCACCGCCUGCAUACGUGGAACAAUUAAAGCUAUUGCAGCGUUUCAAUAACGAAGAAUGGGUGAAUGUUCGUUACGCGGAUGUGCAAAAACAAUACGUGCAUCAACCAGGCUUUGUAAACUUACGAGCAAAUGACGAGAUCACCAGGUACGAUACUUCACGGACCGCCUCUAAUAUGGAAAGAGCAUUUGCUGGUUUAACGUAUGCUCUAUUGAAACAGCGCGAUGCGUUACAGAAUGAGAUAAACUUAUUCUUAAACUGGGUUCACGAAACCGAAAACGUUAAUUAUGAGUCAAUACACUCGAAACUCAACAAUAUAUUUUCCAACGGAGAAUAUAUGAAGGCCUCAAGUGAUGCAUUACAAUUGGUUUGCGGUCACAGGGCCGAAAUAAUUCAGCAACGAAGAGAGACGAUCCUAGCCUCGGUAAAAGAUCCCUUUCAUAAAAGCGCAUUUCGUCGUAUACCGCCGUCAAUAGAUAAUCUCUUUGAAGCGGAAAAAUUCAGCGCUGUUCUAGAGAAGGCCGGAGGUACAAAGAGCAUCUUCUGGAACAAUCAGAAGGAUCGCAAUUCUGCACCGCAGAACGAUUCUUAUUCCAAUCGCGACCACCGCGCUAUACAAACGCAAAAACCACCAGUGAAGCAGUUUAGCUCUACAAAAAAUACCUCAGCUAAUAGAGGAGCCAAAUCAAGGAGAUACACAUUUCAGUCCCGAAGAGGCACUGCCUACCGUGGGCAUCAAGGCGAGAUACCACACAAUAGAGGGCAACGAACACGCUCCCCAGUAUCCCACCGGGAUCGGAGCAACCCAAGAAAAUACUGA